CUUCUUUUGAAUUUGGCCUAACCAAAUACCUGAUAAAAACUCCACUGUAUCGAAAAGUACAGAAUGGUUGAUAGACUGACUAUAGAAAUUGGUAAGGCACCGCGCCAACAUUCAUUUGUCAAGCUGCUAAAGGUUGGCGAUUAAUAAUGUAUGGAGUCCAUGUAUAUAUCGAACUUUCCAAGUGUGGAGCGGUCUAGUGUGUUCUUUACCUAGGAUACGGCUUUGACUGCCAAACAUCAGACAGUAUGGUUUAAACACACGGUGACAUAUAGGGGAGCGGACACAGUCUACACUCAGAUUUCACAGGAAGAAAGUUACAAAAUAUAGAGAAAAGAAAACGUUGUAUGAUUUGGACAAAAUACCUUAAAAGCAUGAACUGAAAUUAGUGUUUCUUUACAUGAGGAAAUAGAUCUGUGAAUUGGAGUGAACAAUUGCAAUAGUGUCGGAGCAAGAACGCUUAUAAAAUGGUGUACAAUUAUACAAAGCCUCGGGCCCCUAUAGCGGCCAUGUACAGUAGCCCGGGACCCUGCUACGCCCUCCCGGGGAUCAUUGGUGGACGGAAUCACGACCCCCGGAGUGUCCACCAUAGAGGAUCAUCGUAUUCUUUUGGUAUUCGUCACGGAAAGUUCAAGGAUGACUGCAGUCCUGGUCCCUGUUAUUUCCUCACCAAGUAUUACCGUGACGGCAAGGACGGCACCCCACAGUACUCUGUGUACGGUCGCCAGAAGGAACUCACCACCUUCAGUGUCCCUGGGCCAGGAGCGUAUAGCCCGGAACAAGUCGGACCCACCGCCCACUUCCGUGCUGCUUCGUACAGCUUCGGGACCCGACAUCGGAACCGGAGGACAGAUAACGUGCCUGCUCCAAACAAUUAUUCCUUACCAGCCAUGACGGGGAAGACAAUACAAAGCGGCACGAAGCAGGCACCGAUUUACUCGAUGAAGCCCCGACAAACCCGGGGACACUUUAGCGAGGACUUAGCCAAGGCCCCCGGUCCAGGGACCUACAACACUAUCGAACCCGGUAUGUACAAAAAUAGGGCCCCAAUAUACAGUAUGACAGCACGCAAUGCCAUGCCUGGGGAUAGCACACAGAAACCCGGCCCCGGGGCUCACUCUCCUGAGGUGGUCAGGAUCAACAAGCGGGCAGCUCCAAACUUCAGCUUUGGGAUUCACCACUCCCCCUACAUUGCACCCCUCAUUGUUGAGGCGGAGUAGACGUCAAGUGACUACUGUUCUGAAGACAUUGGUAGUGAUAUUAUUACACAGAAUGUAUAUUGUGUACUUUGUCAUCAGUUCAUGUCGCGUGGAAAAUCCAUGAAACCAAGUAUCAGUAUCCGUAAAAACCAUAUGACGGACAAUCGCGUAGGAAACACACGUUGUACAACUAAGGACUCGAUAUCAACAUUUAAUUCAUGACGUGUUAUAUAUAGUGCCUUGUCUUUAGAAUGAGACUGUAGGUACUUCAACUGUUAUAUGUUUUUAAUAGUUUUGGUUUGAAACAUGCCAGGAUCUUCACUACGAGUCUUUCUUAUAACAGGAUGCUGAUCGUUACCGUAUAUCUAUAAGGACGGUGAGUUGUGUUAAUUGGUCAAGUUAUGACGGUCCAGUCUGACCGAUGUGGUAUCUUGUUACGCCUGAAAGUGACGUGGAGUACUUAUUUAUUGCUGAUUUCUAUUUGAUUUUUAGAUGUAUGUAAUUCAGUUAUGUGUCCAGUUCUUUAUUCUGUUCACAAUAAAUUGCUCAAUG